GUGACUGUAGCGGGACGGGCCGGUCCACGGUGCAGAGAGAGUGGGAGCAGGGGCAGGGGCUGAGUCCGGCGUGUGGUGUCCUGUCCGCGGUCAACUCUGAAGCCGUCUGCCGGAGAGCCGGAGCCGAGACACGUGCGCGGGAUGGAGAGCGCAGCGCGGGUCUGACCCGUUUCUUUGGACACGCACGCAAACACACACGCUCACAACCCAAUGAAUGGAGUUGCUUUCUGCCUCGUUGGGAUCCCACCUCACUCAGACACUGAAGCUAAAGGGCGGAGAGAUGGUAUGGUGUCUUCCAAUGAGAACAGGCGCCGGCCGCUGUCAUCGGGUGAGGUGGAGGGUGUGUCGUGGCAGGGCCCGCGGACCAUUUUCCUGCAGAAGAACUCACAGGGAUUCGGCUUCACUCUGCGCCACUUCAUCGUCUACCCGCCAGAGUCGUCCCUCCACAGCCUCAAGGAUGAAGAGAAUGGAAAUGCGUCUGGAUCAGGUCGCCGGUGGUCUCAUUUGGAGCCGAUGGACACCAUCUUUGUGAAGAGUGUCAAAGAAAAUGGCCCUGCUCAACAAGCUGGACUGUGUACAGGGGACAGGCUGGUGAAGGUAAAUGGGGAAAGCAUUCUUGGGAAAACCUACUCUCAGGUGAUCGCACUCAUCCAGAACAGUGAAAACAUUCUGGAGCUCUGUAUUAUGCCAAAAGAUGAGGAUGUGUUGCAGUUGGCGUACUCCCAGGAUGCCUACCUGAGAGGCAACGAUCCAUAUUCAGGUGAAGCCCAGAACCUCCCAGAGCCCCCACCUCCUUCUUACCCAUCCACUAAACCUGGCUCCAUGGUCUCUGAGCCUAGCAACACUCUCCUGGACAACUGGCAGUGCCGAUCUGGCCCCACCACCUCGCCACUGGAUAACCAACCCCCCGCUGCCUCUACGCCCACCUCCGGCUGGUCCGGGGGUCCUGAGGAUUCAAGUGGCCACUUUACCCUCUCGGGGCGGCACCGUGGCGGCUGCUCUUCAGCCAUCAGUGCGCUGGACUUUCACUUUGCUAACCACAAUGCUGCCAUUGCCUCCGCAACACUGCCUCCGCCAAGGAAGAGCAGCCUACCAGCCUCUGCCCGUGCCCACACUGACGCCCUCUGCCACCAGGCUCUGUCUGAGUGGUACUACAGCCAGGCCGAGGCGGCAGAGCGCAUGUCCCCGCGCCACCGCAGUAUCUCUCAGGAUCGUUUAGUGGAGCUGGGGCUGGGGUUGGCACUUGGCCCUGGGCCUUCGACUGUCCCCAAAAUGUCUGCAGAGCAACGCAGAAGAGAAACCCUCCUGCAACACCACCAGGCAGCUGCUGCUUCCCAUGAUUCCUUUUGGCUAGGUAGCUGGGGUGGUGCAUCAGGACCAGGAAGCAGGUCGUGCUCAGAGGGCCUUUUGGCAGCCUACGCCGAAUACGAGCAUAACUAUGGGCGUUCUGUUGAAACGCUGGCACAAGCCUCUGCACUGGUCUUACCACACCAUGAACACCUUUCACAAAGCCCCCAGAAGACAAAACUCAGCGAGCAGGUAGACCUUAAAAUCUCAGAAGGGCAUCAGCACCAAACUAUAGUUGCAGCCCCCACUACAACCCCCUCAGCAGUGCCUCCUAGUGAUAGGCAGUCAGGUCAGCAGGUAGCCGAACCCCAAACAAGACGAGUAAAAGAGGAAGAGCCGGUGGGCUACAGAAGCUACAGUCCUUCUUUCUCCCAUAAAACUGGCCAUCCCCUCCAGCAGGCCCACUCCUUUAAAGAGCCCAGCUACAGUGGCCCCCGCCUCAACUUGAGCCCCAGCAGCAGGAGCAUCCCUGCAGACAGCAGGGGGCUGAUGGUACCCAGGCCCAAGUCCACACCUGCCCUGUCUGCGUCAGAGGAGGAGAGAGUCCGGCUUGGGGUGGACAGGAAGGUCAUUUCUCCCAACUCUCUGAAUCAAGAGGUGGUACUUCGGCAGAAGAAGCCUCCUUUAGGCCGUCGGACCCCUAUUCAGCCUCUUCGACAUCCCCACUACACAACACAUGUGGAUUCACCAGAGCCCCUUGGAUCAAUGCCUUCACCAGGGACCCCCUCUCCUGUGUCUGGGGGACCUGCCCCUAACCGUAGGACCAAUGGAAGCCUGGCGCGGCAUGCAUAUGACUCUCUGUCCUCCAUUCCCUUCAUAGAUGAACCCACCAGUCCUAGUACUGACCUACAGGCCUGCUAUGUACCAGCCUGCUCUGUGGUGUCCGGUUCGCAGGCCUCCACUGUGGCCAUCCUCACUUCCACCUCUGUCUCCCCCACCCUCUCCUCCAUCUCCUCCUUUGUCCGACUUCAUUGUCAGGACUGCAGCAGCAUUAAGGGUCGUCGCUCCUCUUACCUACUGGCCAUCACCACCGAGAGAUCCAAGUCCUGUGACGAGGGGCUGAACACCUUCAGGGAAGAGGGGCGAGUCUUCUCCAAACUACCAAAAAGGGUCAAGAGCUUUUUCACUGAUGGGUCUCUGGAGAGCCUGCGAGCUCAGGAGGAGGCCAGGUCCAAACGCCACUCCACUUCUGAACUGGGAACCAUCACUUUCAGUGACGUGCGUAAGGAGGGCUGGCUACACUACAAACAGAUCCUCACGGAGAAGGGGAAGAAAGUUGGUGGUGGCAUGCGGCCAUGGAAACGCGUCUUCUCCGUGCUCCGUUCCAAUUUGCUCUUCCUCUACAAGGACAAGCGAGAGGCGGUCCUUCACGGGGCGGGGGCGGGGCCCAGCCAGGACGAGCACCCCCCGGUCAGCAUCCGCGGCUGCCUGAUCGACAUCGCCUACAGCGAAACCAAGCGUAAGCACACCCUGCGGCUCACCACGCAAGACUUCUGUGAGUACCUGCUGCAGGCCGAGGACAGGGACGACAUGCUGGCCUGGAUCAGGGUGAUCAGGGAGAACAGCAAGACCGACAACGAGGAGAUUGGUUUCUCAAGACAAGCUCUUAUCAACAAGAAGCUGAAUGAUUACAGAAAACACAGUCUGACAGGUAGCAAGCCAGAUUCCUCCCCCAGAGUCCACCGGAUGAUGCCUCCCUUCCUCCUGGCUAAGACUGACAACACCUUAGUGAACCGCACCUCCAGAGCAGGUGGAUGGCAGGACCUGAAUGUGAUCAGCAGCCUGCUUAAAUCAUUCUUCAGAAAACUGCCCGAGCCUGUGUUUACUGAUGACAAAUACAUUGAUUUCAUCGAUGCCAACCGAAUAGAAGACGCAGAAGACAGACUGAAGACCAUGAAGAAACUGAUCCAUGACCUCCCAGAUCACUAUUACCACACCCUCAAGUUCCUGGUGGGUCACCUCAAGAAGGUGGCAGAUAACUCUGACAAGAAUAAGAUGGAGCCAAGAAACCUAGCUCUGGUGUUUGGUCCCACUCUGGUGAGGACGUCAGAGGACAACAUGACCGACAUGGUCACUCACAUGCCUGAUCGCUACAAAAUAGUGGAGACGCUAAUCCUGCACUGUGACUGGUUCUUCAGUGAUGGAGAGUUCGAUAAGGAAGAGAAGGCCCCAGAGGAUAAGGGGGACAUGCAGCCUGUGCCCAACAUUGACCAUCUGCUGUCCAACAUCGGCAGGCCGGGCAUGCCAGGAGAGGCAUCUGAUUCCACUACCAGUGAUUCACUUAAGUUAAAGCAAUCUUCGAACUCCAAGAAAGACCUGAACGCCAGGGACUUAAUGCCCAAGUCCAUCAUCACUGCAGUUGCCCGAAAACGUAAAAAAUGCCUCAGUACCUACUUGCCCGGCAGCAGCGCCGAUGAGGACUCCGAGCAUGAGCCAGUCAAAGCCAGUAACUGUCGGGGAGGAGAAGGAGGAGAAGAGGAGGAGAGAGGGGAAGAAGAGGCAGUCAAGGGAGACCAUAUUUCCAAAAAAGAAAAAUGGGACGAAAAGGAAAAAGGGGUGAAAAAUGGAGAAAACGCAGCAGAAAAAGAUGCAGAAGGGGCUGGAAAGGUAGUGGGAGGGGAAACAGGCACAAAAAAUUCCGAAGGUGAGAGCAGGCAGAGAAUGACCUUGCCACGAACUCAACUGCAGCUUCGUAACAAGUAUCUCCACUCACAACACCAAAUCCAUGCCAGACACCCAAGACCCUCAUCUAUGAUUAAUCCCCCUUCCCACUUUAGACCUGACAAUCUGGCAGCAGGACGUCCAACUGUCCCUUUCUGGAUCUCCCCCACCAGGCCUCCCAGCCUCUACCAUGCCUCCAGCUUUCAGCAGCCAGACUGGAAGCAGCCACCAGCAGUCUGCUACAGGAAGACCAGAGGAGGGAGGACGAGGGCUUUGUCCAUGAAUCUGGAACUUGAGCUGGGCAGGAAUGAUGACAGAGUCAGAGGAUGGAGAGCGGAGAGGGUGGAGGUGAUCAGAGUCAUUGACGGCGCACCGGGUCAGCAUGGAUAUGUCGGGGUUCCACAGGGAUCAGUUGGCCCCAGGUUAAUGCCGCAGAUAGAUACCGUCCCUCGUCUGGCCCACAGGGCUCCCCCUCUCUCCUCUUCUUCAUCUGGAUGGAUAGAUCAAAACUCCCCAGGAUCUUCCUCUGUAGUCCUGAGGAGAUCGGCACUGGACCCACGGGACAAGAUGAGAGCGCGGCGUCGGCACACAGUGGUAGUUUAACCUGACUGUUACACCUAUUAAUGCUUUACCAAGUAUUUCCCCUGUACUCACCAACACUGGAUCACCUGUGUCACUGUUACUAAAGCCGUCCAUCAUGUCACUCAGUUGUCUCAAAACGCUUCCCUCUUGGAUUUUUAUUGUCAGUAAAGUCGGAGAUGGAAUCCCAUGGCAUAGGAAUUCUUUGACACUGAGAGCAGCUUUUAAGUUUCAUUUUGGAGCUGGUGGAGAGCUUAUAGCUAACAGGCUAACCAAGCUGGCAGCAUUAAUCAGUCACAAUAUUUGUCUGAGCUAAAUCCCUUGUUAUUUGACUGUUUAGUGUAGCGCUCACAAGAUAACAGUUUAUAACCAAGACAUUCGCCUUCGGUGAAAUGUUUUAUCCAAUCUAUGAAGAUCAGACUCCCACAUAACUACUCCAAAUAAAACUUGGUUUAGGAUAAUCAAAGAAAGAAAAGCACCAAAACAAGGUAUGGACGAUGAGGUUUGUAUUUUUCUUAUUUGAUUGAGAAUCCACCCUUUUUUUUUCCAACUUAGGUCAGGAGGUGAUUGAACUGAAAUGAUAAUUAUAUCAUCAACUCUAUUAUCCCUUACACUGUUUUAAAUUGUUUGGAUAAAUAAAUAAAUCCUGGUCAGAGUUGGUGCAGUCAAUGCUUUAUGGUGUCAAAGUAAGGGACCUGUACCUCCGAAACAUACUUUAACUUAUAUUUCUAAAGUUUAGGGAAUCAAACCCUUCAAAUGUCAACUGAAUGAACAAAUAUAAUAAAGACGGUGUAAAAGCUGAGACAAACCAAUCCCACUUCAGAGCCCAGCUUCUGUUCCAGCUAAACCUUCACCAGCAAACUACAGAGCAGUCAUCAGCCAUGUUUUUCAUUUUCAACUGCGCUGUACAUAUGUUGGUGCCCCCCACCCUCCCACUAGUUUUCACUAAUGAUGUCUUUGUUGGGCAAGUAUCACAGUGCACUGAUGCAGUUUUAAGUUGACUUCUCUGCCUUUUACGAGCUCUUUCCAAGUCCUUAUGUGGAUCUACAGCAAACAGUGGGAGUAAAAAGCAAACUCCCUCUCUGGAUGAUGUGAUGUGGGCAUUACGUCAAAGCUUCCAUGGACUAAAACAAUGCAUGCAUGGGGUUAUUGACAUAUAAAGAUAUGCAAAGCCUAAGUGUUCAACACAAGCCUGUUGUUCUUCCCUCUGUGUGUGUGUGUGUGUGUGUUCAGAGAGCGAUGUCAGACUUUUGAGGACACUUGACGUCUGGACACUGACAGGAACUAAGUGUUUGAGGCAGCUAUGUCAAGUUUUGCCAAAAUCCUUGUUGUUUCUAUUUGGGUAAUUGUAMAGUGUGAGCAGUACGGAGACGUAUUGAGGCGAGAGCAGUGUUACUCCAGUUGAUACAUUCUAUCAGUGUUAUAAAGAUAGCAUUGUCAUGGGAGCAGAUGAUCGUGAACCAAUAACCUCUUUAAAUCCCAAACCACAGAGUCUUACCUGGGUGAUAUUUUUGCAUUUUUCCUUUUCACAUUUUCAGUGUUCUACUCUUUUUCCCAGAAUUUCUGUAAAAACAGACGUGUACUUUAUGUACGUGGGUGACUGUGCGUGGACCAAUUUUGUAACAGUUGUACAAAGCCUUGUUAACUUAA